CCGUUGUACGAGAAUUAUGCAGAGUUCCAUCGAUUUGUGCGUGUUUUCGUUCAAAUUUUUAAAACAUGCCUCUUUCGGUGUUACCAUGGCGAUCACUUAUCAAAAUUUUUAAAACGCGCCGAGCAACGGAAAGAAUGAACGAUGGCUAUUGUGGUGAAAUCAUCAGAGAAAUCUGACUUUGAGUCAGUGCUGUGUAAGCACUCCAGCUCCCUGAAUCCUGUCUCCUCUGGAGGCCUGGACAAUGGCAGCUCCAGCUGGAGUGUCGACUCUUCUACAGCUGAGCUUUCCAGGAGCAUGGCUACCUGUUUGGCUCUCAUAGUUAAAGUUGCUUAUUAUGAUGGCAACACAAACCUUCCUGCUGAGAGGCCAAAUGAUCAAGUGUCCGUCAGCUGUGGCGAUGGCAUCAGUCUGCCGCAAAAGAUCCUGUUUCCACCAGAGCGCCUCAGCUUGAAAUGGACUCAAGUCCAUCGUAUUGGAGCAGGUCUCCAGAACCUGGGCAACACAUGUUUUCUGAAUUCAGCUCUCCAGUGUCUUUCAUACACUGCACCACUUGCUAACUACAUGCUGUCCAAAGAACAUUCCAAAACAUGUCAUGAGCCCGAAUUUUGCAUGCUGUGUAUCAUGCAGAAUCACACCAUUCAGGUGUUUGCUAAUUCGGGGAAUGCCAUCAAGCCCCUUGGCGUGUUACAUGAACUAAAACGGAUUGCAAAGCAUUUCCAGUAUGGGGAUCAAGAAGAUGCCCAUGAGUUCCUGCGGUGCACAGUGGAUGCUAUGCAAAAGUCCUGCCUGCCUAACAAUAAAUUGGACAGGCAAACGCAGGCUACUACUCUGAUCCAUCAGAUAUUUGGAGGAUAUCUGAGGUCCAGAGUGAAGUGUAUGAAUUGCAAAGCAGUAUCAGACACAUUUGAACCUUAUUUGGAUAUUGCACUGGACAUCAAGAAUGCCCCGACUAUUCUCAAGGCUUUUGAGCAGUUUGUUAAGGCUGAACAGCUCGAUUGGGAGAAUGCCUACAAGUGCAGCACUUGUAAGGAAACGGUUCAGGCCUCAAAAAGAUUAAGUAUUCACCGCAACUCCAAUGUGCUCACUAUCUCUCUGAAGCGCUUUGCCAACUUCAAUGGAGGCAAAAUAUCCAAGGACGUGAGAUACACUGAGUACUUUGACUUGCGGCCAUACAUGUCCCAGUCUCACGGAGAGCCGCAGAUUUACAGGCUGUAUGCUGUUCUGGUGCACUCAGGCUUCAGCUGCUAUGCCGGACACUACUACUGCUACGUAAAAGCAAGUAAUGGCCAGUGGUAUCAGAUGAAUGAUUCAUCAGUGACUCCCACUGAUAUACGAUCUGUGCUGAACCAGCAAGCAUACCUGCUGUUCUACAUCAAGCAAGGGUCUACAGAUCUGAAAAAUGGAGAUUUUAACCAGAAGGGUUUCACUUCAGGCCACUCAUCUCCCCGACCAGUAACACCUAAGCUAAACGGGCAUUCUUAUACGUCCUCAACCAUCAUCGGCCCACAGCUCCCUCCUACUAUGUUAAAGAAUAACUCGUAUGUCAAUGGCAACGGCUCCUCAAAGGAGUACCACAACAGCUCAAAGCCCAGCAGCAGUGACAGCAGCGUGAGCAAAGCCGCCUCCAAUGUGUCUUACUCUUCCACCCCAUCCUCCGCUUCAAAUCAACCUGUCCACCCCACGGGCAUGAAGAGGCUCAAAAUAAGCUUUACGGUCAGCUAUGGAAAGGUGGUGCGGUGCAACCGGACCCAAACAGCUCCAUCCAGCCGCUCUUCAUCAUCGGCCAGCUAUUCUUACCCACAGUCUUCAUCGUCUACCUCAAAACUCCAGUGCUCCAAGCAGGUCAAUGGCACAUCCUCGUAUAGCAGCUCAACUUUCCUGGUUCCUAAUGAUGAGGAAUCAUCUGAGGACUCUGACCAGGAGAGCAGAGUUUUGGACAACGGUACUUCUAAGCUUUCUGGUGUAGCCAAGGCAGCCAGUGUGAACGAUGGCAUGCACAGUCCUCACUUUAAUAGUUCUAGGUCACACUCGCCUAAGACAAAUGGAUCUAACAGCUUCUCUGAGUCUCACAUAGGUACAAAUGGGUCAGGACAUGGACAAGUCAAUGGCUUCAAACAUUCUGACAAGGCAUCAGACAGUCCAGCCUCUGAAUCUUCCAUAAGUGACACUAACUUAGACUCCCAGAGUGUGUCAAGCUCUAAGUCUAAGGGAAUGCGCUCCCCAUUAAACCAGCCACAUGUUUCUACUGCCACAAAGGACAGAGACAAGGAGUACCAUCGCAACUACAGAGAGCUCAAGGACAGGAGCAGAGAACGACAUGGACAUCGGCCAGAGAGAGAGUAUUAUACACAGAAGGAGCACUCUCGCAGUCGUCACAGAGAUAAAGAGUCAGCUCGGUACUGGGAUAGAUAUUCCUACCAGCACGGAGAUCGCCACUACAAAAGAGCCAGAGAGGAGCGGUUACAGGAUUGGGAGUGGGGCAGGAGAUUCCAGAAUUCACACCGCUCGUCAAGCCACAAUUAUAGAGGACUAAUGUUGCGCCAUGCACGGGAAGACCGUCGUGACAGGCGCCACUACAAUGGAGAGCAGAGCAGCAAUAGAGCAAAGCCCUCAUCUCCAUGUACCACUAGCCCUUUGGCCCGGCAUGGAACCAGAAAACGCAGCUUGUCUGGUGAAGACAGCAUGUCUGAAGAGCGGAGGGCCAAGAAAUGUAAAAAAUCAAAGAAGAAAAAUAAAGACAAGCACAGGAGUUCAGAAAGGGACGUGUCUGUCAAGAACCAGGACAGCAGCUCCAGCCGACAGAAAAAAAAGAAGAAGAAGAAGAGGAGGCAUGAGUCAGAGGACAGACUUCACAGACAGGGACGGUCAUCAGACAGGCAUGACUGGAAAGGCAGGAAUGGUGAGGAGAGGAAGAGACGUAAGCACCAACGCAGCACUGACCGAGAUAGUUCUCCUCAUCGUUCCAAGCUGCCAUGUAUGGAGGUUCUUCCCCAGCUCAGUGGUUACUCCGAACUCUGAGGACAAAGGACAACUACACUUUACUAAAUAUUGUAAGUCUAAUAACCAAGUCAUACUGUAUUUUUUGCAGCAUAAAUGCUUUAAAUUUUUUUAGGGUUAAGGAUUUUUUUACCAUGCUGUACAGCUGAACUUUGAAGAAACUCAAUUAAAAAUGUAAAAAAAAAUAAAAUUAAAAAUAAAAAUAAAAAAUAAUAUAUACACUUAAACCGGAAGAAGAAGCCUGGAGCUUUAUCAUCAAAAUUGCUGCUCAGACAUAGACUCAGGACUUUCUCACUUGUGAAGAUGACACACAUUCUCCCUUUAAGGACACGUAUCUGGGAAUGAUGGAAAAUAGUGAACUAAAAUGCUGCAUAAAAGACUCUCUCCCGGCUGGAAGCUAUGAUGUCACCGUUUCCACCUUUCUGUCCUCAACAGAACAGAUUUUUUUAGUGCUUUGUGUGCACUUACACCACAGUUAACCUGGACACACUUGACAUUUUCUGCCUACUUUCCCCAUUUUUUUAAUUUUUUUCAUUUCUUUUAAACAGAAGACUCAAUCUCCAGGAUCCACCUAAUGGCAUUAUACCGACAUUUCCACAUUUCUUCACAUAGGAAAAAUGUACAUUGCAUUAUAUCAUGUAUGGAUGUGGGUGAUUUUGAGUGUAAGUUUUAAUCCUUUUGUGUUAAAAAUACUGUGAAUUUAAGUUAAACUGUACUAUCAGUUAUUUACUUGCAAUCCUGUAUGAGAAUAAACAUUUAUUUUAGAAAAACCACUCAGCAUAAUGUAGGCCAUGUUCCAAAAUAUUUCCCACUUUUUUUGACAAAAAUAAGAUAAUAAAAUCCUACAUUUUACUGUAGCAUGUUGAAAAAUUCUACGUUGUACAUUCUGUAUUAAUUAAGAGGGAAUAGGCCUUAAUGUCUACAAUUGUAAUAUUUUCUCAUUAUGUUUACAGAUUUUUGUUGGGAUGAAUGGAUCGGUGUGUGAUGAUGGGUUGAGUGUUUGGAUUUGUACAGGGUGAGGUCUCUUCUCACCUUUUGAAUAAAAAACAAACAAACAAAAA